AUGGGAAGGUCACGAAGAAAGUACAAGCAAUCGAGGACGAAGGUCCGCGUGGCGCUGCCGAAGAGGAAGCCCAACGUCUUCAAGGCAGCCUUCUGUCUACCUCCGAAGCUUCGCGCCUUACUGGAACAACAAGGCCCAUCCUCUGCCUCAUGGGACGCCGAGGGCACUGUUAUCGAAAACUAUAAGUCCUUCGGCUUCGUUUCUAACCCUAACUUGCUCGGCGUCCGCUCUCGAACCUCUCACAUGAUAGAAAGUGAUUCUCUCCAGGUCCCUCCUCCGCCUAUUUCGGGAGAUGAGCCCGUCGACGGUAGCGACGUCGAAGAAGACGAUUUGAGAUCUAGUCUUGGGAAAAAGCGGAGAGAUGGAAAAUCUGCACCACUGCAACCAUUAACGGCCAUGCAACGCGUUUAUAUUGGUCGGCUCAUUGAGAAGUAUGGAGACGACUAUCAGGGAAUGUUCAUGGAUACAAAACUAAAUGCAAUGCAGCAUUCUGUUGCAACUUUGGAGAAACUAUGCAAAAGGUAUCACGUGCAUAAAGAUAAAAAUCCCUUAUUGAUCCGUUGA